AUGUCCCUUCUACCCCCCGAAAUCCACACCGCGCUUUCUCAGCUGCUCCGCGCCUUGAGCACCCCGGACAAUGCCGUUAGAUCCCAGGCGGAAGACCAGCUCAAUAACGACUGGGUUCAGAAUCGACCAGAUGUCUUGUUGAUGGGAUUGGCAGAGCAGCUUGGAGGUGCAGAUGACACGAUAACACGUGCUUUCUCCGCUGUGCUUUUCCGGAGAAUCGCAACAAAGACCCGCAAGGACCCUGCCUCAGGCGACGCCAAGGAGGUUUUCUCGAGCCUCCCCACUGAGCAGCGAGUCGCCAUUCGUGAGAAGCUGGUGGCCUGCUUAACGAGCGAGACUGUUACAGACGUACGCAAGAAAAUUGGAGACGCACUGGCUGAGGUGGCUCGGCAAUACACCGACAAUGGAGAACAGUGGCCUGAACUCCUCGGUGUCCUCUUCCAGGCCAGCCAGAACCCCGACUCGGGCCUGCGGGAAACCGCAUAUCGCGUGUUCACAACCACCCCCGGUAUCAUUGAGAGACAGCACGAAGAGGCUGUCGUGGGUGUUUUCACCAAGGGCUUCAAGGAUGAUAAUAUUUCUGUGCGAAUUUCCGCUAUGGAGGCCUUUGCGUCUUUGUUCCGGUCGAUUUCCAAGAAGUCCCAGCCCAAAUUCUUCGGCCUCAUGCCCGAUCUCCUCAAUAUCCUCCCUCCGUUGAAGGAGUCCUCCGACAGCGAGGAGCUUUCCUCAGCACUGCUCGCCCUGAUUGAGUUGGCUGAAAUCAGCCCAAAGAUGUUCAGGGCCAUGUUCAACAACUUGGUCAAGUUCAGCAUCAGUGUCAUUGCUGACAAGGAGCUCAGCGAUCAGGUGCGCCAGAACGCACUCGAGCUUAUGGCCACCUUUGCCGAUUACGCCCCGAAUAUGUGUAGAAAGGAGUCGGAUUUCGCACAGGAGAUGGUCACACAGUGUCUGAGCCUGAUGACCGAUGUCGGUGCGGAUGACGACGAUGCGGAGGAAUGGAACGCGUCUGAGGAUCCACAGCUCGAACCUGAAGAGAACGACCUGAACCACAUUGCUGGUGAACAGUGCAUGGAUCGUCUCGCCAACAAAUUGGGUGGACAGGCCAUUCUUCAGCCCGCAUUCUCUUGGAUUCCUCGCAUGAUGUCAUCAACUAACUGGCGCGAUCGCCACGCUGCUCUGAUGGCCAUCUCCGCCAUCUCUGAGGGCUGUCGUGACCUGAUGGUCGGCGAGCUAGACCAAGUUCUGGCCCUGGUCGUUCCGGCCCUCCGAGACCCCCACCCACGAGUUCGUUAUGCAGGCUGCAACGCCCUUGGUCAGAUGAGUACCGACUUUGCUGGUACUAUGCAGGAGAAGUACCACGAUAUCGUCCUCACCAACAUUAUUCCCGUUCUCGCUUCUACCGAGCCUCGUGUGCAGUCACACGCCGCUGCCGCUCUUGUCAACUUCUGCGAGGAAGCAGAGCGCAGCACUCUGGAGCCUUAUCUCGGAAACCUUCUCAGCCAUCUGCUGGACCUUUUGCGCAGCCCUAAGCGUUAUUUGCAGGAGCAGGCCCUGUCCACUAUUGCAACCAUUGCCGAUUCCGCUGAGACCGCUUUCGAUCAAUACUAUGCCACUUUGAUGCCUCUUCUGCUCAACGUCCUUAAGGAGGAGCAGGGUAAGGAGUACCGCCUUCUCCGUGCUAAAGCCAUGGAGUGUGCUACUCUGAUUGCAUUGGCUGUUGGUAAGGAGAAGAUGGGCCAGGAUGCCCUGAACCUUGUCCAGAUUCUCGGCAACAUUCAACAGAACAUUGUCGACGCCGACGACCCACAAUCACAGUACCUCCUUCACUGCUGGGGCCGCAUGUGCCGUGUUCUAGGCCAAGACUUCGUGCCUUAUCUCCCCGGUGUCAUGCCUCCUCUUCUGACUGUGGCUGCUGCUAAGGCUGAUAUUCAGCUGCUCGAUGACGAGGAUCAGAUCGAACAGGUUGAGCAGGAUGACGGCUGGGAGCUGGUGCCACUUAAGGGCAAGAUCAUCGGCAUCAAGACUAGUGCUCUGGAGGACAAGAACACCGCUAUUGAAUUGAUCACCAUUUAUGCGCAGAUUCUCGAGCAAAACUUCGAGCCUUACGUUCUGGAAACCAUGGAGAAGAUUGCGGUUCCCGGUCUUGCUUUCUUCUUCCACGAUCCUGUGCGGGUGUCAGCUGCCAAGCUGAUCCCCCAGCUGCUUAACUCCUACAAGAAGGCCCACGGUGGCCAAUCACAGGGCUUCGCUGAAAUGUGGAACAAGGUGGCUGAAAAGAUCAUCGAGGUUCUGAGCGCUGAGCCGACUGUCGAUACGCUGGCUGAGAUGUACCAGUGCUUCUACGAGUCAGUAGAGGUCGUUGGCAGAAACUCCCUCACGCCUCAGCACUUGCAGGCGUUCAUUGAAUCGGCCAAGUCUACUCUUGAAGAUUACCAGAUGCGCGUGAAGCAGCGGUUGGAGGAGCAGGCUGAGCUCGAGGACGGCGACGAGGAGAACCUUGACUUCGAGUAUGCAGUUGAGGAUGACCAAAACUUGCUGAGUGAUAUGAACAAGGCAUUCCACACUAUUUUCAAGAAUCAGGGCAACACGUUCCUGCCAACCUGGCAACAACUUGUUCCAUUCUAUGAUGCUUUCAUCACAAGCCAAGAUCCCACACAGCGGCAAUGGGCUCUUUGCAUCAUGGAUGAUGUGCUUGAGUUCUGUGGCGAAGAGUCAUGGGCAUUCAAGGAUCACAUCAUGCAGCCUUUGGCAUCCGGAUUGCAAGAUGAGAAUGCUGCCAACCGUCAGGCAGCAGCAUACGGAGUGGGUGUGGCUGCUCAGAAGGGCGGUGCCGCAUGGAGCGAUUUUGUGGCAGCCAGUCUUCCCAGCCUAUUCCAGAUUACACAGCACGCGCAGUCUCGUACAGAGGAGAAUGUCUUCGCAACUGAGAAUGCAUCUGCCAGUAUCGCGAAGAUUCUGCACUACAACCCGUCCAAGGUUCAGGCUCCCCAGGAUGUCGUGACUAACUGGAUUGAGACGUUGCCCAUUACCUACGACGAAGAGGCUGCUCCCUACGCUUAUUCUUUUGUCGCACAGCUGAUUGACCAGCAAAACCCGGCUGUCUUUGCCAAGGCUGACCGUGUCUUUGGUUUCAUCGUGCAGGCCCUUGAGGCGGCUACCCUGCAGGGCCAGACUGCUACCCGGGUGGCUACAUCUGCCAAGCAACUGGUGGCAGUGACCGGUGCAAAUGCAGACCAGAUCCUGGCUUCCGUCGACCCAGCCAGCCAGGAGCGCGUGCGCAAGUUCUUCCAAUAA